AGGGAUACCAUUUUCAGUAACCAGAAAAAGCUACAUUUUCAAAUCUUUAUGUUUAUUUAAAUUUCUAAUAAAAAAAAAGGCAGGCAUGUUUGUUGCUGCUUUCCUGUCAACGAAAGCAGCAUGUCGGAAACUUUGAUCCAGCGUAUAAAGCAGCUGGAGGCAGAGCUGGAGAAAGUCAAGUCGCAACUGAAGGAGAAGAGGAAAGCUGGAGAAGACACAGACCUGGUUUCCAGUCAGUCUCCUAAUGCACACCCAGAGGGCAGACCUGAUUGUAACACCACCAGCAGCAGCAGCAAGAAAAUAGGUAAGAAAAGUGGCAAAGAGCGUCCCUUCGACUUCUCCGCUCAUCCCCGGCGCCAUGUGGCGUUGCGGCUGGCUUACCUGGGAUGGUCCUACCAGGGGUUUGCAGUCCAGGAGAACACAGACAACACUGUGGAGGCCAGACUCUUUGAAGCUCUGCUGAAGACGCGUCUGAUUCAGGACCGACAGCGCUCCAACUAUCACCGCUGUGGUCGCACCGAUAAGGGAGUCAGUGCCUUUUCCCAGGUCAUAACCAUCGAUUUGCGCUCCACGCAGUUUAGUGGAGGACUGGGCUUCGUGCUCCCUGAAAAUGUCGACGCCACGAUCAAAAACAAAGCUUCUGCCUCUGAACUUCCAUACGUGAAGAUGCUUAACAGAGCUCCCCAGGACAUCAGGAUCUUGGACUGGGCGCCAGCGGCAGAGGGCUUCAGUGCACGCUUUGACUGCAAGUCCCGCACCUAUCGGUACUACUUCCCCCGGGGACGCCUGGAUGUUGCGUUGAUGGCAGAUGCUGCGAAAAGAUACGAAGGCACUCACGAUUUUCGUAACAUAUGCAAAAUGGACGUGGGAAACGGAGUCCUGCAGUUCGAGAGGACCAUCUUGUCAGCGUCGGUGAAGCCUGCGCAGCCUCGGCAUGUCUCAAGCACGGACAAAUAUGACCUCUUCGUAUUCGAGAUUAAAGGACUGGCCUUCCUUUACCACCAGGUACGGUGCAUGAUGGCAUUGCUUCUCCUAAUAGGACAGAAACUGGAAGCCCCGGAGAUAAUCGAAAAGCUGCUGGAUGUUCAGAGUAACCCAAGAAAACCACAGUACAGCAUGGCAGUAGACUAUCCGCUGGUUCUGUACGACUGCCACUUUGAAGGUUUGAGCUGGAAGCAGGAGAACGAGGAGGUGAAUCAUGUCCUGUCUGCGCUUACGCAACACUGGACCAUGAGUGCAGUCAAGGCUCACGUCCUCCAUGGCAUGAUCCAGGGUUUGGAGACCAUAGGUGGAAUUUCCUCCAACCACUGCAGUCUGGUAGAGGGCAGCAGGCAGAGAAACUACCGGCCCCUCCUAGAGCGUCCAUGCUGUGAAAGCCUGGAGUCCAGGAUAAACCAUUUUGUCAAAAGAGGCAGAUUGGAGCGGGAGGAAGGGGACAACGGAGGUGAAAUGGUCCACAGAGGGAAAAAGUCCAAACACUCCCACAGUUCCCCCAGUCAGCCGGUUACUUCGGAAAUGCCUUCAUCAAAACAAAGUGCAGAUGAAAGUGCAGAAGACUAGAGUUUUCUGACACGAGAAUGGACUUGAAACUUUGAUCAUGUCAAAACGUUUUAUUAAGUUUAAAAACACUUGAUUUACAUUUUUAUUUAUGUAAAUAUUGAGUUUGCUUUGAAAUAAAUACAUUUUGGAGAAA